UUAAUCCGAGGGCGCAGACAAAUAAUAGGGGCGUGAAUGCAACUGCUCCCCUGAACCUAUCUUCCUCAAUCCUCCCAUCCCAUUUUCUGUCUUGAGCCGCAAAAACUUGAGAUUCAGCUAUACUUAUCAUCACUUACCCAUAUUGCAUAUAUAUCUUUUUAGAAGCCAUAUAAUAUUUUGUAGUAACAGAUUUAGAGAAUAUAAGUAGUAAUAGUGAGAGAGAAGAUGAAAAGGGAAAAGGGUUGUGAAACAGUGAAGAAUAAAUAGGAGGAAGAAGCGGUAAGUGGGGCAGUGCUGGCUAAACAGCCAUGGGUGCCUCACUACAUACCUUAUCACCCACACUUCCAAAGAAAGCAGCAUCAUCGAGGCGGAGGAGGAUCCAAUAAUUGUACAAUCUGGAUUGGCGACCUUCAUAAUUGGAUGGACGAGGAUUACUUGGCCUCCUGCUUUGCUAACACCAACCAGGUUGCCUCCAUCAAGGUAAUUUGCAAUAAACAAACUGGUUUUCCAGAGGGAUAUGGUUUUGUUGAAUUCUACUCACAUGCUGCUGCAGAGAAAGCUCUGCAGACAUUUUCUUUCACGACAAUGCCUAAUGCAGAUCAACCUUUCCGUUUGAAUUGGGCUUCAUUUAGCAUGGGUGACAAGAGAUCAAACAAUGGUUCUAACCUUUCCAUCUUUGUAGGAGAUUUAGCUGCAGAUGUUACGGAUACCUUACUACAUGAAACUUUUGCUAAAAAACAUCCUUCUGUUAAAGCUGCUAAAGUUGUCAUAGAUGCCAAUACUGGUCGUUCAAGAGGAUAUGGUUUUGUAAGGUUUGGAGACGAUAAUGAGAGGUCCCAAGCCAUGACUGAAAUGAAUGGUGUGUUUUGUUUAAGCAGGCCCAUGCGAAUUGGUGUAGCCACACCGCGGAUAUCAUCUGGAUACCUGCAAUACUAUUUUUCACAAGGUGGAUACUCCAACAGCGCGUCGCCACAAGGAUCACAACCUGAUGUAGAUUCUACAAAUACAACAAUCUUUAUUGGAGGUCUUGACCCCAACGUCGGUGAUGAGGAUCUCAGACAGCCUUUUGCUCAGUAUGGUUAAAUAGCUUCUGUAAAAAUACCAGUUGGGAAAGGAUGUGGUUUUGUGCACUUUGCAAACAGAAGUUGAAUGGAACUGCUAUUGGGAAGCACACAGUGCGCCUUUCGUGGGGACAAAAUCCAGCAAAUAAAUAGGCAAAGAUCUCUAUCUUUCUCUCAUACCGUAUUUAUCUUGUGGUAUUACUUGUUUGAUGUGUCUUUGGAUAAAAAUGAAUCAAAAGACUGGUUGGCAUUAGUUUACGGCAAAUAAAAAGCUCUAAUGGUUAUCUUUUCUCAUGUUUCAAGAGCUAUGCUAGUUUCAAGUUCAUUCGACUCAUGACACAUGCUUGGUAGUAGACAUGUGGAUUGUUAUUAUAUCUGUUUCAUUCACAGAGUAAUAAUGUAAUAUUUACAAAGCACAGAAGUUUUCAGAAUACAUAUUACUGGGAUUGGGCAGCAAGCUUGUUCUAGAUUUUUCUUCUCCCUCACCUUCUUAUUAGGGCGGUGAAAAGAAAUUUCAUGUGAUGUCUAUGAGGAAAUACAUCUGGCACCAAUUAAGCAGUUUCAAGCAAGGUGCUUCCAGCACGUGCUGUAUUUCUGCUUAUGUUACUGACUCCAGUGCUACGGGAUUUUGCCGUCAAGAACUGCUUUUAUGAACCAGUGGAUGGGACCAUACUAUGGGGGACACUUUUAUAAUGCUUAUGGGUAUGCUUUUCCACCACCACAUGAUCCUGGCAUGUACGCUGCAGCUGCAUAUGGGGCUUAUUUAGUAUAUGGGACUCACCAGCAACAAGUAAGCUGAAAGAGUGCUCCAGAGUCUUAUGCUUGAAUGGUGAAUGUGCUCAAUCUCUUUGUUUCAAGAUUGGUCAUGUAGAAUAUAAUUAUCCCCUCCAAGGGAGUGGAACUAAAUUUUGACUUGAAAUGUUAGUCUCCUAGGGAUUUGAUUAAACAUUUAUUAGAAGUUCGGACUUCACAUUGAACUUCUUUGAUGAAAUAAAUGAUCUUGCCAUGCUA